AUGCCCACUCAUCUCACCAAGACAAGGAAGCACCGCGGCAAUGUCUCCGCCGGUCACGGUCGUAUCGGUAAGCACCGCAAGCACCCCGGUGGUCGCGGUCUUGCCGGUGGUUUCCACCACCACCGUACCAACUUCGACAAGUACCACCCUGGUUACUUCGGUAAGGUUGGUAUGCGCCACUACCACCUGCUGCGCAACCCCCAGCACUGCCCUAUCAUCAACCUGGACAAGAUCUGGACUCUUGUCCCGGCUGAGGCUCGCCAGGGUCUGACUGCCCAGUCGACCGAGGUUCCCGUCAUUGACACCCUCGCUGCCGGCUACGGCAAGGUCCUCGGUAAGGGCCGUCUCCCUGAGCUGCCCGUGAUCGUCAAGGCUCGCUGGGUCUCUGCUCUCGCCGAGAAGAAGAUCAAGGCUGCCGGCGGUGUCGUGAAGCUCGUGGCGUAA